AUGUCUCUUGAUCACUUUAUCCGCUUGGCCGAUAGUAUAGUCGAAUUUGAGGCCGAUUAUAAUGAGAAUCGUUAUCCAAUCAAUUCUCUUCAUGCGUUAGAAAUCUACAGGCAGGAAAUAAAGUCCACAUGGGUACGUCUUAAGGCGGCUUAUGAAAAAUUUUUGUUCGAUAAGGACAACGAAGAUGAUACGGAUCCCGGGGAAUCGGAUGAUAUAGAAGCAUUUAAAGACAAAUACAAAAGUACUUAUGUUACUUAUUGUAAUAUAUUGAUAAAACUAUCCGAGCUGACCGAUGCCCUUCGGGAUCAGUCGCGUGAGAAAUCUGACACAAGUCCGAUCAAUUCUCAGUUUUUCCCAGUCCAGCCUGUAUCUUCCCAGCCUUCGCAUAGCUUUCACCUUCCUCCGUGUGAGAUAGAGACCUUCCAUGGUAAUUAUGAAUCAUGGCCGACUUUCCGUGAUCUAUUCACAGCCAUGUUCAUACAGAAUUCCACAUUAAGCCCUGUUGAGAAGCUUUUCCAUUUGACUCAGAAGACUAAAGGAGAAGCAAGGGAGAUUGUUAAGAAGAGUCCUUUAACAAAUCAGGGGUUUGAUUUAGCCUGGGCAAAUCUGACAGAACGAUUUGAGAAUCAUCGGGUCCAAGUUAACGGACAACUUCGAAUCCUAUUUAAUCUCCCUAGCAUAACUUCCGAAUCGGCAAAAGCUAUUCAACAUUUGCAAAGGGACAUAAACUCUUGUAUUUCCAUAUUACGACUCCAUCGCAUAGACGUUGACAGCUGGGACCCUAUUUUUGUUUUCUUGUGUUCCAAUAAGCUUCCUGAUUCAACUUUGACUCUAUGGGAACAAGGCUUAAAGGAUAAAACGUCGAUUCCAAAAUGGUCCGAUUUAGAUUUAUUCCUGACCAAUCGAUACAGGACUUUGGAAUCCGUUUCCGAAAUACGUUCCGCUACAUCCAAGCCUACCGAGUCCAAACCUAAAAAGGUGAAUCGUCCAUCCAAAGUUGUUAAUGCUUUUCAAAAUAACGUGUCCCAGCCUAAAUGUCAACUAUGUACCAAUGAGUUUCAUCCAAUACGAAAAUGUCCGAAGUUUUUGCAAAUGGGCCAUUCUCAGCGCCUCAGUGAGAUUAAAAAACUUAGCUUAUGUCUCAAUUGCUUUUCCAAAACGCAUUCCGUUAAAAACUGCAACAGCAAAAUCAAUUGCUUCCGUUGCCAUAAAAGGUACAAUACCUUACUCCACAAAGAAACCGAAGUUUCCACUUCAUUACCGGGCCCUAGUACAAGCGCCAAUUCCAACCUUAAUCCAAAUUCAGCACCAUUUGUAACUAGUUCGAAUUCAAUUACUAUACAGUCCGCUCCUACUUCGGAUGCUGAAGUUGUUACAUCUUGUUUUACAGUAAAUUCCACUGGCGUUUUACUAGGCACUGCAAUGAUUGAAAUUUGUUACUUGGAUAAUAGAUACCCUGCUCGAGCGUUAAUAGACUCAGGUUCCGAAGGUUCUUUUAUUUCGGAAAGGUUGUUUAAUCUACUGAAACUUCCUUCAACUCCCACUAAUGCUCAAGUUUCUGGACUAAAUAACACAAUAUCCGCUAGUGUUGAUAAACAAUGUUCAUUCGUGAUUAGUUCCAUUCUCAAUCCAGAUAUAAAGCUGCUCGUUACAGCUUUAGUAGUUCCACAACUUUCCGGUAGUCUUCCUUCCAAGACUUUUGAUCGCUCACUCUUUUCCAAACUUCCUCCAAUCCAGUUAGCUGAUCCACAUUUCCAUACAAGUUCGAAAGUGGAUAUUCUCAUUGGUGGUGAUGUAUUCCCUUCGAUUAUGCGAUCUGGUGUAAAGCAUAAUGUUUGCGGUUCACUAAUGGCGCAAGAAACUAUCUUUGGGUGGAUUCUAACUGGUCCUUUGUCCAAUAUCUCUUCUCCCAGUUGUUCCUUAGUUUCCUAUUUCUGUGAAAUCUCUUUAGACAAAGAGAUUUCACGUUUUUGGGAGGUGGAGAAUCUUCCAAGGAAGAACUUUACUUCAUCAUCUGAUAAAUUUUGUGACGAUCUUUUUACAAAAACUACCAGAAGAGCUAAAGAUGGUCGGUAUAUUGUUUCUCUUCCAUUUAAGGAUGGCUAUCCUGAGAAACUUAGUUUAGGCCAAUCUCGAAAUAGUGCUAUGGCACAAUUUCUACGAAAUGAGGUUCGGCUACUUCGUUCACCUGACUUGAAAUCCAUUUAUGACAACGUGGUUGAAGAAUAUAUUGAUUUGGAUCAUAUGUUUAAAGUUUCACCGCCACACAAUUCCAAAAUUUGUCCAUAUUACCUACCACAUCACGCUGUCAUAAAACCUGAAAGCACUACAACAAAGGUACGCGUUGUUUUUAAUGCGUCAUCUCCAUCUUCUAAUGGGUUAAGCCUAAAUGAUAUCCUUCAUACUGGUCCAAUUUUACAAAAUGACUUGACCUUACUGAUCCUGAAAUGGAGAUUUUUCAAGUAUGUCUUCAAUGCUGAUAUCCAAAAGAUGUAUCGGCAAAUCCUAGUCGAUCCGAAGCAUACUGUAUUCCAAAGAAUCCUAUUCCGCAAUGAUCCCAACGUAAUUAUCCAAGAUUACGAAUUAAAAACAGUGACAUUCGGCGUAAAUUGCGCGCCUUACCUCGCUAUUCGGACUCUACUCCAAUUAGCCGAUGACAUCGAGGCUUCUUAUCCAAAAGCUAGCCUUAUUCUGCGUAGUUCCAUGUACGUAGACGAUGCAUUGGCCGGUGCUCAUUCCAUCCAAGAAGCGAAAGAAUCUAAAAAGCAGUUAAUACUUGCACUGCAAUCGGCUGGAUUUUCCCUGAGGAAAUGGACGGCGAAUUCCAAAGAAAUCAUUGACGAUAUUCCCGUUAACCAUCUGCUCUGCGAAGAUUUCCUAACCUUUGACGACAGCAGCACAGCGAAGACUCUAGGAGUUCGAUGGAAUGCCCGUUCAGACUCGUUUUUCUUCGUAGCGAAACCAUUUCCCGAUCAACGUCAACUUACAAAGAGAGAAGUAUUAUCGCAGAUUGCAAGAUUAUUCGAUCCGGCCGGGUGGCUUUCUCCAGUUGUGAUUCUAGCAAAAAUCCUGAUGCAGACGAUUUGGAUAGAAGGUACCAAAUGGGAUGAGAUUCUUUCACCGAAAUCCUUAGAGCACUGGCAGAAUUUCCAAUCCAAUUACUGCUAUAUUAAUGAAAUCCGGAUUCCCAGAUGGGUAGACUAUAUUCCUAACGCUGAAAUCCAAAUCCAUGGGUUUUGCGAUGCUUCCGAAAAAGCAUAUGCAGCCGCGUUAUACAUCCGAAUAGCUGACGGUAAAAAGAUAUCCAGUCACUUAAUUGCUUCCAAAACAAAAGUAGCUCCUGUAAAAACUUUGUCUAUUCCACGACUAGAGCUUUGUGGUGCUGUAUUAUUGGCGGAUAUGAUUGAUAAUUUUCUUCCUCAAUUUGAUAUCAGUCGUUAUUCCUUGUUCUGUUGGACUGAUUCCACAAUUGUCCUUUCAUGGUUAGCCAAGCCUCCAUGUUCUUGGCUGACUUUUGUUGCAAAUAGGGUUUCCAGAAUAACGCAAAUUACUGAUUCAAAACUGUGGAAUCAUGUCAACUCAGAGUCCAAUCCUGCAGAUUUAGCUAGUCGUGGAGUUUAUCCAAAAGAGCUCGUCAACAACCAUCUUUGGUGGUUUGGUCCUGAUUGGUUAAGAGAAUCCAGAGCAAAUUGGCCAAUGUCUGAUAAGGCAAAUAUACCUGAUACAGAAAUUGAAAAGAAGAAUGUGAAAGUGCACUUCUCAUAUUUCCAACAUUAUGAGGAUAUUUUGGAAAGAUUUUCCUCGUUUCCUAGGGCACUUCGUGUUGUAUCUUACAUUUUCCGAUUUCUUUUCCGCACUCACCCAAGAUUGCGUUCUAAUUUUCAUAAAAGUUCACUUGCCUUAUCUAGUUCAGAGAUCAUUUUUGCUCGCGAUAGACUUAUAACCAAUUGCCAGAAAGUUGGCUAUCCUGCCGAAUAUCGAGCUUUAUCUUCCAGACAAGUUAUAUCCUCGUCCAGUUCCAUUUUGAAUCUUAAUCCAUUCCUAGAUUCCGAAGGACUUAUCCGAUCGUGCGGAAGACUCGAGAAUUCUCCGGGUCUUUCGUACAAUGAGAAACAUCCUGUCAUUAUUCCCUAUAAUUGCCAAUAUUCACGGCUUUUAGUCAAAUUUGUCCACGAUAUUAGUCUUCAUGGUGGUAAUCAGCUUGUCCUACGCUUGAUAAGAACUCAUUACUGGAUUCCAAAAGUAAAAAAUCUUAUCAAAACCACCAUUCGAAAAUGUAAACCAUGUAUUAUCUACCGGAAAAGAUGUCAGCAACAGAUGAUGGCUGCCUUGCCAUCUGAGCGAUCUGAAAUUUCGCGUCCAUUUACUCAUACGGGACUAGAUUUUGCAGGUCCAUUUGAUAUCAAAUCUUAUUCUGGUAGAGGUUUUCGUAUGACUAAAGGCUAUGUAUGUGUGUUUGUAUGCUUUUCGACGAAGGCUAUUCACUUGGAAGCUACAACAGAUUUGUCCACAUCUGCAUUCCUUGCCGCUUUUCACAGGUUUGUUUCUCGUCGUGGUUGUCCACUCCAUCUACAUUCCGAUAAUGGAGCUACAUUCGUAGGAGCGUCAAAGAUUAUCCAAAGAGAAUUCAUGCUAUCGUCUCGCGAAUUGCUCACUUCCAGCUACGCUCACCAGAACCUGACCUGGCAUUUUAUUCCGCCGGGUGCUCCGCAUAUGGGUGGCCUUUGGGAGGCAGGAGUCAAGAGCUUCAAAUCACAUUUCCGUAAAACCGUAGGUUGUUUUAAAUACACGUUUGAAGAAUUUUCCAGUCUUCUCGCUCGAAUUGAAGCCUGUCUCAACUCUCGGCCUAUUUCUCCACAAUCGCAAGAUCCAUCAGAUCUUUCCGCCUUAACUCCAGGUCAUUUCCUCAUAGGUUCUCCUAUCCUUUGUCCUAUUGAUCCUAAGAUUAACGAAAGUCCGAUAUCCAUUGUUAAUCGUUGGCAACGUCUGAAUUUAGUUUAUCAAAAUUUCUGCUUUCGUUGGAAAAACGAAUAUUUGAAGGAGAUACAGAAACGAACUAAAUGGAAGACUUCCGAAGACAAUGUUAAACCCGGGACGUUAGUUGUCAUAAAGGAUGAAAAUCUCCCUUCAAACUCUUGGCGGCUAGGUAGAAUUGAAAAAGUGCAUACCGGAUCCGAUAAAAAAGUUCGAGUUGCCGACAUAUAUACGCAACGUGGUCUAAUAACAAGGCCAAUCCAUAAAUUAGUUUGCUUAUUCGAAUCCUAG